AUGAGGAUUGGGGGGAGGAAAUUGAGUUUGAUGGGCAUGCCUGAUCUUGACAAACUCUCUUUCCGGCUGCUGCUGCCCCCCGCGCUGCAGCGGAAGCAUCCAUUGCGUGUGCUCGUGUUGCUGCUACUGCUGUUGCUGGGCUUGAGCGGCUGCAGUGUCCUGGGGAGCGGGGACCCCCUCUCUCCAUCGACCUUCUCGGACAGGAACUGGGUGUCCUUGGGUAGCGAAGGGGGGGAACCCAAGGAAGAUGUGUCAGAGCACAAUGGUGCGCGCGUGCCGACAAUUGUAGCAGGCGAGCUCCUGCACGACACUCCGACAAUAUCUUCAGCCCAUGUGACAGAAGAGACCCCCGUAAUCCGCCGCACCUCUUCCGGAUCCCUCUGGACCCCCUGGAGUUUCAUAACGCGAAGGGAUCUGUCCGUAGCUGCAAUGACAAUAGUGGCAGUAGCACUGGUAACGCUCUUGUUUAGAACUAAGGAGGCCUGGUCCCUAAAAGGAGAAGAAAAUAGGCUUCAUGCAGCCACUAUUGCAGCGGCCUCACAAAAUGGCGGGUUUGAUGGUGUGGGGUAUACGGGGGGCCCCAAUGAAGCAGUGGAGGGGACCCCAGGAGCAACAGUAAUGCAGCGACGCCCGUCCUCAACAGAUCCUGCCGCUGUUGCUGCUACUGUUGCAUAUGGCUCCCCUAGAGGCGCAGUAAUCCCCCUGCAGGAGUUGCGUACGCAGCUGCACCGCACAGCAUCGCUGCUGCCUGCAGCAGAGAGACUAGCAGCAGUAGUAGACAGCAUCGAGGCAUCAACGUUAUUUCAUGAGACCCAACAAUUGGUGGAAAAGGUGAAGGUUGGGGCCGAAGCACUGCUGCAAGUGUCACCUCGUCCGGUGACCCCUCAAGGAAACAAGGCCCCACUUGACCAGCAGCAGCUGCUGCAGCAGCAACAACAACAGUUCCUUGAUGCUCAGGCAUUACAGACAGGUCUUCGGGCUGCAGGCAGCUCUCUGCAGCAGCUGCUGGCAGCUGCAGAAGAACGCGCUUGGGCUUUGCUGCAGCAGGCCCUCCCACUGCAGCGCCCUGAGCCUGUUGCUGCUGCUGCCUUCACACAAUUUUGGGGCAAAUCGGGCAGAAAUCUGCUGGAAGCAGUAGAACUGCACCUUCAGUCUCUAGCAGAAGCAACACAAGAAGAAAACAAGAGGGCCCACAGAGCCUACAGGGAGCUUGUCCGGCUGCAGGAGCACCAAGCAAAUGAAGGCUCCAGCAGCAGCAUUAGUAGCGCUGGCAGCAGCAGCUGUAUAUCCAUCAAGACUGUAGUUGGGACCCGCCGCUACCUGGAGACUAUCUACGCUGCAUGCAUAAGGAGACAAAGAGCAGCACAGCUCGCUUCCCGUCUAGGAGACAGUCUCCUUUCUGGCCUUAAAGCUGCUGCUCUAGGGAAUGCAGCAAACAGCCAGCGACUCAUGGAGUCCCUAAUAAGGAUGCAUGACACCACGUUGCAGCUGCUGCUGACAGACAAAGCAAACACAUCCACACAAUACACGCAAGCGGGUGCUGCUAGUGCAUUACCGCCUCCAACCACUGCAGCUGCCUCAGAGGAGCAGCAGCAGGUCCAGCAGGAAAAACGGCAGCAUCAGGAUCAGGAGCUGGAGAGGCUGAAGGAUGAGUUGUUGCAGGAGGGAUUUGGACUAAAGCUGGAAGCGCUACUGCAGGAGCACAAGACUACGCGCCUGGCAUUAGAGGACAGCGACAGCAUGGCUGCUGCUGCUGCUGCCUGCGAGCAGCUCUACAGGUUGGGCGAGCAGGCGAAGACAGAAGCACUGGGCUUUCACAUGCGUCUCCAGGCGGUUCCGGAGCUGUCCCAUCUGCUGCAGGGAGGGCUGCCGCUGUUGCUGCAGCCCCACCUGAAGAAUAUUCGUGCUGCUGCGCAGCAGUCGCUAGACAGCUACAAUGCAGCAGAGGGGCUGUAUACGAAGCUACACUCACGGAUGCAACAGGAGCUCCAAAACCCCUCCCUCGAAAGGGAGAACCCAGCAGCAGCUGUGUUGUUGCCGCAGAUGCUCGACAGGCUGCAAGUGGAAAGACGACGUGCUGCUGAAGGGGCAGCAGCAGCAAAAGGCUACUUUGAAGCCGCAGCGCACGCACCAGACACUACAGCACUGCUCAAAGCGGAGGAUGCAGCAAACGCAGCUGCUGUGAAGGCGUCCCGCGGUGCAGCACGCACCAUUUUGGUGUUUCUUGAGUACUCCACUUUGUGCUCUUUAAACCUCUUUUUAAAAGACAGCCUCGAAUUGUGGGCCCUACGGGUUUCGCAAGCAGACGCAAGCUCUCUGUCUACUCGCCCCUGCUUCGACGAGCUGAAGAGACAGUUUGAAGACUGGGAAAUCGCAGCAGAAGAUGUGCGCGACCUUCCUGCUGCUGCUGCUGCUGCUGCAGAAGCCCGUAACCUCUUCUAUAGGCUACAGCAUCUCACUGACACCCAAGACACAGCAGGUAACAACCCUUGA